CCUUUCCCCCCCCCCCUCCGCGGGUUCUUUUUUCGCUGCGAAGAAAAUGGCGGCGCCGAGCGGAGCCGAAGAGCGGCUGGAGGAGAAAGCGGAGGAGAACCUUCAGGGGCUGAAGGAGCGGCCGCCGAAGGCCAAGAAGGUGAGGAAGGAGCGGAAGGACGAGAAACCGGAGGAGCCGACGCAGCCUUCCGCCGAGCCGGCUGAGGCCGGCAAAGCCGAGACGUCGGAAGGAGCCGGGACGGCCCCGGCGGCGCCGGAAGCUUCAGCGUCUCCCAAACAGCGCCGCUCCAUCAUCCGGGACCGGGGGCCGAUGUACGACGACCCCACGCUGCCCGAGGGCUGGACCCGCAAGCUGAAGCAGCGGAAAUCGGGCCGAUCGGCGGGGAAAUACGACGUCUACCUGAUCAAUCCGCAGGGCAAAGCCUUCCGCUCCAAGGUGGAGCUGAUCGCCUACUUCGAGAAGGUGGGCGACACCUCCCUGGAUCCCAACGACUUCGAUUUCACCGUCACGGGCCGCGGCAGCCCCUCGCGGCGCGAGCAGCGCCCGCCCAAGAAGCCCAAAUCACCCAAAGGCUCCGGCACGGGCCGCGGCCGGGGCCGCCCCAAGGGCAGCGGGGCCGCCAAGCCGAAGGCGGCGCCGUCCGAGGGGGUUCAGGUCAAGCGGGUGAUCGAGAAGAGCUCCGGCAAACUCCUGGUGAAGAUGCCCUUCCAACCGGGCCAAGCCGGCGCUCGCGGCGAACCCGGCGCCGCCACCACCUCCACACAGGUCUUGGCCAUCAAACGGCCCGGUCGGAAGCGGAAAACGGAGCCGGAUAGCCAAGCCGUGCCGAAGAAACGAGGCCGCAAGCCGGCGGGAGCGACGGGAACGGGCAGCCCGGUAGGAGCGGCGCCGGAGGCGAAGAAGAAGGCGUCGACGCCGCCGUCGGUGCAGGAGACGGUGUUGCCCAUCAAGAAGCGGAAGACGCGGGAAGCGGUGGUGUUGGAGGUGCGGGAAGCGGCUCCGCCGCCGCCGGAACACGGCGCCAAGGGACCGCGCAGCGCCCGCAGCCCCGGCCGGCGCAGCAAGGAGAGCAGCCCCAAAGGCCGCGGCACCGCGCUGCCGCCGUCCGCCGCCGCCACCAGGAAGGAACCGGGGGCGACGGCAGCGGCGGCCGAGCCGCCCCCCAGGGACAGCGGCAGCCCCGCGCCGCCGCCACAGGACCUGAGCGGGAAGGGCGGCGGCGGCGGCGACGAGCGGGAGAAACCGCCGGCGCCUGACGGUUGCGCCAAGGAGGCGGCAAAGACUGCGGCGGCGGUGCCGUACAAACCGCGGGGGGAGGCCGAGCACAAAGACACUGCGCUCCCCCCUUCCUCGUCCUCUUCCUCGUCCUCUUCUUCCUCGUCCUUCUCCUCUUCCUCCUCCUCCUCCUCUUCGGCGCCGCCACCGCCGCCGCCGCCACCGCCCAACGCCUCCUCCGUGCCGCGGCCGCCGGGCCGGGAAGAGCCGGUCGACACCAGGACGCCUCUUCCCGAGCGAGUCAGCUGACUGUGAGCCCCGACCGACGGACGGACGGACGGACGGACGGACGGACAGACCCCCCCCCAUCCCGACACCCCUCCCCUCCCGGUUUUGUUACGGAAAAGCACAGCGAGGGG